UUCAAAGAGAACAUUGUUUUCAUCAUGAAUGCUAAUAAAGAUGAGAGACCAAAGUCCAAAAGCUACUAUUUUUACCUUUUUCAUGCCUCGGUGAUGCUAAGUGUGACCACGCUGUUUCUUCCAGUCAUUGGAACUUCUAAGCAAAAUAUUCCACGACUCAAGCUAACCUACAAAGACUUGCUGCUUUCAAAUAGCUGUAUUCCCUUUUUGGGUUCAUCAGAAGGACUGGACUUCCAAACAAUUCUGUUAGAUGAGGAGAGGGCCAGGAUGCUCCUGGGUGCCAAGGACCACAUCUUCCUGCUCAGUUUGCUUGACUUAAACAAAAAUUUUAAGAAGAUUUAUUGGCCUGCUGCAAAGGAACGGGUGGAAUUAUGUAAAUUAGCUGGGAAAGAUGCCAAUACAGAAUGUGCAAAUUUCAUUCGAGUACUUCAACCCUAUAACAGAACUCACAUUUAUGUGUGUGGAACUGGAGCAUUUCACCCAAUAUGUGGAUAUAUUGACCUUGGAGUCUACAAGGAGGAAGUUAUGUUCAAACUAGACACACACAAUUUGGAGUCUGGCAGACUUAAAUGUCCUUUUGAUCCUCAACAGCCUUUUGCUUCUGUAAUGACAGAUGAGUACCUCUACUCUGGAACAGCUUCUGAUUUCCUUGGCAAAGACACUGCAUUCACACGGUCCCUUGGGCCUACUCAAGACCACCAUUACAUCAGAACUGACAUUUCAGAGCACUACUGGCUCAAUGGAGCGAAAUUUAUUGGAACUUUCCCCAUACCAGACACCUAUAAUCCAGAUGAUGAUAAAAUAUAUUUCUUCUUCCGUGAAUCAUCUCAAGAAGGCAGUACUUCUGAUAAGACGAUUCUUUCUCGAGUUGGAAGAGUUUGUAAGAAUGACGUAGGAGGACAGCGCAGCCUGAUAAACAAAUGGACGACUUUUCUUAAGGCCAGAUUGAUUUGCUCAAUUCCUGGAAAUGAUGGGGCAGAUACUCAUUUUGAUGAACUUCAAGAUAUUUACUUACUCCCCACAAGAGAUGAAAGAAAUCCUGUAGUAUAUGGAGUCUUUACUACAACCAGCUCCAUCUUCAAAGGCUCCGCUGUUUGUGUGUAUAGCAUGGCUGACAUCCGAGCGGUGUUCAACGGCCCCUACGCUCAUAAGGAAAGUGCAGACCAUCGCUGGGUGCAGUAUGACGGAAGGAUUCCUUACCCCCGCCCUGGCACUUGUCCAAGCAAAACCUAUGACCCCCUGAUCAAGUCCACCCGCGAUUUCCCGGAUGACGUCAUCAGUUUCAUCAAGCGGCACCCUGUGAUGUACAAGCCGGUGUACCCAGCUGCGGGAGCGCCGACGUUCAAGCGCAUCAACGUGGACUACAGGCUGACGCAGAUCGUGGUGGACCACGUCGUGGCGGAGGACGGCCAGUACGACGUGAUGUUUCUCGGAACAGACAUUGGAACGGUCCUGAAAGUUGUCAGCAUUUCAAAGGAGAAGUGGAAUAUGGAAGAGGUAGUAUUGGAGGAGUUGCAGAUAUUCAAGCACUCAUCAAUCAUCUUGAACAUGGAGUUGUCUUUGAAGCAGCAACAAUUGUACAUUGGUUCCCAAGAUGGAUUGGUUCAGCUCUCACUGCACAGAUGUGACACUUACGGGACAGCUUGCGCGGACUGUUGUCUUGCCAGAGACCCCUAUUGUGCCUGGGAUGGAGCUGCAUGCUCCCGCUACACACCCACUUCAAAAAGGCGAGCUAGACGCCAGGAUGUUAAAUAUGGAGACCCAAUCACCCAGUGCUGGGACAUAGAAGACAGCAUUACUCAUGAAGCUGCUGAUGAAAAGGUGAUUUUUGGCAUUGAAUUUAAUUCAACUUUUCUGGAAUGUAUACCUAAAUCCCAACAAGCAUCUAUUAAGUGGUAUUUCCAGCGGUCAGGAGAGGAACACCGAGAGGAGUUGAAACCUGAUGAAAGGAUCAUCAAAACAGAAUAUGGGCUACUGAUUCGAAGUUUGCAGAAGAAGGACUCUGGGAUGUAUUACUGCAAGGCACAGGAACACACUUUUAUCCACACCAUAGUGAAGCUGACUUUGAAUGUCAUUGAGAAUGAACAGAUGGAAAAUACCCAGAGGGCAGAGCACGAGGAGGGGCAGGUCAAGGAUCUGUUGGCUGAGUCACGGUUGAGAUACAAAGACUACAUCCAAAUCCUUAGCAGCCCAAACUUCAGCCUCGACCAGUACUGCGAACAGAUGUGGCACCGGGAGAAGCGGAGACAGCGGAACAAGGGCGUCCCAAAGUGGAAGCACAUGCAGGAAAUGAAGAAGAAACGCAACCGAAGGCAUCACCGAGAUGAGCUUCCCAGAGCGGUGGCCACGUAGUUUUCUGUUAAUUUAAAGAAAAUAAUUUUUACCUGCAAAAACACUGUCUUUUGUUUGUACAUCCUUUAGACUAACUCAUAAGAGUUUUCCAUGGAGUUUUGCUAAGGCACAAGAAAAAUAAUAGGAGUAAGACUAUGCAUGGUGAAUAUGGCAUACGAAGGGCAAAUCUGAACCCGUUUUCUAAGAACCAAACCUGUACCUGCAAUGUAUCAGAAUUAUUCUCGAAACAGGGAAUUUACAUUUGUGAAUGUUUUAUGUUCUGAGCUUUUGAACUCAUGAUGCUCUGUAAAUAAGUGAGCUAAGCAAACAUCACAGAUGAUAAUGUGCUAAGGUGCUUGGUUCCCUCGCAUGGUCCCUAGGCAUGGAGUUUACCAUGCUGUUGUGCUGUAUGUUCUUAUAAACAGAUAAAUCAUUCCACUCUAGACCUGGCUACCUUAUGGUAGGAAUUGGAGGGAAGACACAAAUUCAGACCACUUGUAUACCAAACAGAAACGUUCACAGUGAGCCAUUCACUUUUGGUGCAUGGUUUAGGAGUUUAGAGAGGUGUAUUAUUUUUUCAGGCCUCGGGGGUUAUUUAGUGUCCUACAGCACUGAUUUACUGAAGGCUGUAAAUGUUCCUCCCAGGAUUCCGUGUGAAUUACCAGGAGAAACAGGUUCACAGAGAGAAGUUGGUGCUCAGUUAUGUGUUUUGAGAGUAUAUGUUGAGCUUUAUAGGGACAGAAUGCUUAAUAAAUAUUUAAGUAAGCUAUGGAAAAACAUUUAAAUAAAAUAAGGGAAGCAUCAUGAUGUAUGCUGCAUCCUAAUGAGAAGGCAUGCAGAUGGGAUUUGUUAAGGGACAGAAGGAAAGACAGCUAUAAAUUCUGGCUUUGGGGAAAAGUCACAGCCCCAUAAAAAGGAAGAACAGUCACAAAUAAAGUGGGUGAACUGUAACGUAGCUUUAUUCACCAGAGUAUAAGUAGCUGCCAAUUUAUAAUACAUCUGUUAAAUAAAUUGUAGAUUAUUUAAAAAAAAAAAACAACUGCUAGCAAAAGUCUGAGGGAAGCAAAUUUUCUAAAGGAUCAUGGGAAAAAUGAACACAAAUUUAUUUGCAAUCAAGAGGAUUUCAUUGUUUUCUUUUUUCUAAAGACUCAUCAUACUCUAUAAAUUAUUUUCAUUUACUGCCUUUAUUCUCUUGAAUAUAUUGGAUUAUGGGAUUUUAUUUGAGUGAAUAGAAAAAAACAAUAUAUACAUACAUAAAGAUAGAAUUAGUUAGACAAUAGGGGUGGGAAUGGGGAGAUAUAUUGUCAAAUAGCAGAACAAAUGCAAAAUUGUUGACAACGGAAAGGGUUAAGUUAACUCUUUGACAUCUUUUUCCUCACAAUCUUUUUGCAUUUCUGAGAUUAUAUGCUGUAAUUCAAGUAGCAUUGUUUUAGUAAAUUAAUAAUAAAUAAGCCUACUGCAUGUAAAGAAAACAAACUCACAAUAUAAACACUUUUCAUGUUUUGUUAGCACAUAUUUCCAGCUGGACCCUACCUCCAAAUGUGCAUGGUAUGUUUUCUGCUCAUUUAAGCAGGACUCACCUCUCCUUCAAUACAAAACCCUUAGCCUUCUUCUGUUUUGCCUUUUCAUGCCCUUUUUAGUGUGAAAUGAAAAAUUAGUCACUUCCUUACAUGGAAGGCAGCUUUUCAGAAAACUAAAUAGCAGACAUUGCUCGUUUCUCAUGCAUUCUACGUGUCUUGAAAAAAAGCCUGUGAGAACCUGUGUGAUGAGAGGGUAGCUUAUUACAGUGGUCAAAGUCAUGUCUGUGAUGGGCUUGACGCUCACAGCAUCCUCUCUACAUUUGUUUUAUUCACGUCACUUAUCUAUCUCAAAGUAGUCACACUGAUGUGUGAGGUUAAGUACCCCUUUUGAUAUUAAACUCAUAAAUAUUUGUAGAUGUCUCUGUAUAAGAAAAACUUAAGGAUUUAAAACUUAAGUUGUCCAAAAAAACAAACCAGAACAAAUUAGUCUUUGGAAAAAUAAUGCCUAAGAAUAGUUGCAGUAGGAUCAGACUGCUAAUUGAAUACCAUAACAAAAGUGUUUGUAAAUUGAUUUGCUGGGUUGAAAUGUUCCAGGAACUCAUAGCAACUUCAAAGCAAAUAAGUGGGGGUAUACUUUAUUUUGCGAAGAUUUCCACAUAUUUGUAUGUCAGACAGUAAUGAUCAAAUUAUGGGUAGCUUUGAGAAAAUUACAUGAACGAAGCUCAAAUGUUAGGAUUGACGUGUGAAAAUAAAUUUGGUUUUCAUCCAAAUGUGAAUGUCCAAGCCAUUUUUUAAUUCCUUGUUUCUUAUAGUUAUUCAGACACAUUUUUGGAAGCCUAUUUUCAUUUACAUCUACUAUUCUGGCUGCUUUGGAUAUAAAACUAUUAAUUUAUAAUAAUGACAAAAUAAAUUUGAAAUAAUGUUAGUAAAAUAGAAUGUCAGAUAAUAAAAAAAACUAAUGGACAAAGAUUUAUGUAUAUUUAUAAAGAUAGAGGACAUCUAAGCUACAUGUAAUUUUCUAACCUUUUAAUUGCCUAGAACACUUGAGCAACAGUGUGAAUACAUUAAAUGUAAGACAAGACACAAUAUAUAUACUUGCUCACCACUGAAGAUUUUACCAAAUUCUCUUUGACAUAAUGAAAAAUAAGAGUAUAGUAAAUACUUUCAAAUACAUUUGCUUAGAAAUCAGCUCUUGAUGGCGAUGUCAUAAAAUGUCUAUGUUUUUCCUUGGAUUCUUAUUUUCCUCUCCUGUUUCGAAUACAAGUCUUUGACUUGCCUAUUCUUGCCUCCGUUUCAUUCUGGCUUUUUAUGUUGCUACAUGGAAUCCUGCCUGUCUGCUUUCAUUUACAUUCAGUUUACUCAGAAUUUAAAGAAUUUGUCUAGAAAUGGAUUUUUUGAGUAAUUAAUUUAUGUAGAAUGCCCGCCUCCAAAGAGCUCAAAACAUUAUAUUCACAUUAUUGAAUAAACAUUUUUGAAAACCAAUCAAAUUACUUAAGAGAAGGAAAAAUAGUCAUAGAGAAAUUUGUAAAAGCCACACAGUAGUAGAACUAUAAUUGAUACAAAAAUCUCACCAUCUGUUAACUAAUGGGUAUUUAAAAUAGCUGCCUGCAAAAUGGUCUUCCUCUUGAAUUUUCCUUUGGUCUAUAUUUUGGUUCUUCAUAUGCUAUUAAGUUUUGUUCCUGCUGGAUUAUACAGUCUAAACUAAAUAAAUUAGUUUAUAGUGGACAGUGCCUUCUUUUCAACAUUAUCAAAAUUAAAAUUUUAAGACAAUUUAAUACAUUGAUGGCCACAAAAUAUUAAAUUAAACCAAAACAUUCACUCAACAC